UGCUAACUGCUCCUGUAGUGCUCUACAGGAAAGUUAUGCCGAAGAACCCAUUCAAAUCCAACAAUUGUUGAGAAGUUUUGCUUUCAAAGUUGUUUUUAUUAGAAAACCUAACAAAAAUAUUAUUUUAAAAAUGGGUAAACGCGGUCCGCGUUCUAAGAUGACGGAUGAUCGGAUUGAGCGAGUAAAAGAAUUAUAUCGGGAUGGCAUCGCCCAUCGCACCAUUGCAAAGGAACUGGGAAUCUCUGAAACCAAUAUUCGGCGCAUUAUCAGUAUACACGGUAUUCCGAAACGUGAGCGGAAAUUAGCGACUUUGUUGUCUCCACAGCAGGAAGAUGGACUGGUCAAGUUUUUGUUAUCACUGGGCCCCUUCCGAGGGAAAUAUCGCACGCUCAGGACACUGAUGGAAGAAUUUGCUAAUGAAAAUGGUAUGCGCUGUACAUUUACGUAUUCCUGGCGCGAUGGCUUUGUGCGACGCCACCGUCAUCGUCUCCCUUCGCACAUCAUCAAGCUUCUCAGUCCGAAAGUGCAACGCGAAGACGACGUUGACUCGGAUCUGGACAUCCUGGACACUGGCGGGGGCACACGCAUGACAUUGUUGGAAGAUGGAACGUACAUUAAGGAGCCCAGCGUUUGGAAGCAGAAGCCGAAAUUAAAUACGCAAGAGCGCGCCAUCAAAGAGACCCGGAAGGCGUUUGUCCGGGGCGGACUAACCAAGGAAGAGGCCAAUGAGCUUCUCAUUCGAUUGCGAGUUCCAGGAAUUACUGAGCAGAUGAUCCCUUCGCCGGCACAAGUUUCUGCCGAUGUGGUAGCUGCGGCCUUGAACAAUAUUUUUGGUGAGACAUCCAGUGAACCCGUGGCUACCUCUUCCACCCAGGAAACGACGCCGGAAGUGACCACUAUUACAGUCACGCUUCCAAUCCUUCCCAAGCCAAAGAAAGCGCCUGUCAAUAGGAAAACGCCGAUGAAGAAGACCCCCUUUCAGCUUGAAAUCCUUGAUAAAGCCUUCCAGAAAAGUACAACGUGUGGUGAUAAACGAGCCAAACGCCUGGCGCGGAUACUGGGGCUCACUCCGGCUCAGGUUAUUUAUUGGUUCCACAAUACGGCGCGUCACAAACGGAAGAUGAGCACCCAGGGUAUUAUGCAGGAUGCAUCACAAGACGUGGUUCAGGAAGAUGAAAUUGUCGAAGCCGACGGCGAUGACGCCAUGCUGGGGGAAGGGGAGGUGCUGGGUGAAGGGGAGGGCGAAGCAGUACUAGAAGGUGCAGAGGGCGAUGCCGUGGAAGAGGUGGAUCAGGAAAUGCAGGCGGAGGGAGAGACUGUGGAAGCUUAACUGUUCCAUACCCGAAGGCGUUUACAGUGUUCACUUGUGUUGUAGCUGCCGUUACUCCGUAUUCUCUACCCGAUUUAAGCUUUUGAUUUCUGUUUUCAUCGUUUCAUGUUUUGAGUGUAAAUUACAUCGACAGAGCUGCUCUAUAAUUUAUUAAGCAUGUUGAAAUGAUACUGUAUUCGUUGGGCAUAAGUAAAUAUCCGAUGGCGGAAG